CGUCGACAAAUAGGCGCUUGAGAGGGGAAGUGCAGCCAGUAGCUCCGCUGUGUGGGCGGGGUUACCGGCGGAAGCAUAGCGAAAUAUCGUAGACAGGAGCCUGAACAUGUACGGAUGGAGCGGAGACGGAUUUAUGGGAAGACUCGGCUGGCCCGGAAACAACUCCUGUGAUUAUGGAACUGACUAUUCUCGGGACUCCCGCGAUUACAGACAUGACUAUGGUGAGCACUUCUUCGAUUUUGGAUAUGACAGUGACUCAAACUCAUAUAAGCCUCCUCGAAAACGUAAACGUCGGAGGUCUCACUUUGAUGUAACGAUCAGAAGAAGUCACAGAGGAUAUAGAGAAAGAGAGCAGGGUCCGCCAUGGGGGAGAGGUGACCCGAGCUUCAGGGGUAACUUUGUUCCCACUCCACAUAAUAGGCAUCCUAACGAGCAAACAAGCGUAUUCGUAGAUCAUUUCUUAUUUGGUGGAGGGUUCAGACUGAAAGUAAACAGUUUACAGCAUAUAAGAGAACGGAAUAAAACGUCGGAAGACCAAGGACCACCAGCUGUGAAACAGAUGAAUACUUCUGCUGAGCACAGUAAAUUUGAGGAGCCGAGAUCAGACGGAGAUGACAAUGCUGAGGAAGCGGCCCAGAGCACAAUGAAUGACGAAGACCAUGAAGAUGGAACACAGGAGGAAACAGGUGCUUCUCACAAGAUUUCUGACAGAGUAGUGAGAAGAAUAAUCAGAAGAAUUGUUCAAGAGCCAAGGACACUUGUGAAGACCUUGAAUUAUCAGAUACUGUUGUCUCAAAGAAAACAUAUCCAGUUUUCCUGCACUCUGUGUCAUUUCGGCACGUUCUACGAGGAGGAGAUGGACAUUCACCAACAGAGUGACUUCCAUAAGGAGCAUCUCAACUAUGUGAAAAAUAGACUUCCCAAAGUGAAGGGAGGCUUCAUAGAGGCAAAUCUGAAGUACCUCUUUAAAAAGACAAAGCAAACGCGCAAACAGUUAGAAGACCUCAGGAACACAAUCCACCGAAUAUAUUGGAAGCGUGAUUUCACCCGAGAACUGGGCAUUGAGAAUUUUGUGAAGAAAAUGGACGUUUCUCAUUGCGAAGCAUGUAACAUAUUUCUCCCUUUGGAUCACAGUUUCCUACAGUCACAUCUCGAAUCCUCCGCACACAAAAAAAACCUCAGGAACAUGAUGGAAAUAUCCAAAGCCCAUGCAUUUAGAACUUCAUUGCGUUUCCUGCAGGGCAAGCAAAACCUGCAAAAACUGGAGCAGUACAAAAAAGGCAAAAACCCCUUCAGAAUUGAUGAUGAUGAUGAUGAGGAGUACAUCACAAUUGACUAUGGCAGAGAUUUAGCACCAGAAGGUGAAGAAUCUGGGGAGAUGCCAUGUAUUACACUCUCCGACUCCGAAGGAGAGGAGGAGGAUGAUGAUUUUCAGGGCCAAAACUCAUUCAUAAAUGAUGAGGAAGACAUCAGAAGUCACUGCAGCACAGAGUUAGCAGCAGAAAUUGAAGAAUCACAGCAGAUGCCAUGCAGUAUUCCCCCUAACUCUGAAAGGGACGAGAAAAAUUUCCAGGGCCAAAACAACUUUAUAAAUAAUGAUGAGGAGGAGAACGCCAGAAGUGACUAUAGCGCAGAGUCAGCACCAGAAGCCGAGAAAUCACCACAAAACUCCUUUAUAAAUGAUGAGGAAGACGAGGAGAACACCAGAAGUGACUACAGCGCAGAGUCAGCGCCAGAAGCCGAGGAAUCACCACAAAACUCCUUAAUAAAUGAGGAGGAGAACAGCAGAAGUGACUACAGCGCAGCCGAGGAAUCACCACAAAACUCCUUUAUAAAUGAUGAUGAGGAGGAGAACAACAGAAGUGACUACAGCGCAGAGUCAGCACCAAAAGCGGAGGAAUCACCACAAAACUCCUUUAUAAAUGAUGAGGAGGAGAACACCAGAAGUGACUACAGCGCAGAGUUAGUACCAGAAGAAUCACCACAGAUGCCAUGCAGUAUUCCCCCCGACUCUGAAAAGGAGGAAGAUGAUCCGGUUCCUGAGCAGGAGGGCGCUGAGGAUUCUUCUUAAUUUUGUGAAGGUUCUGUGAUAUCCAGUUCCAGGGUCCACUUUCCGUCCAGGAGCUGUGGGUCCGUCACCUCCAUCAUCACAGACUGAAAAUGAACUUUUGUAAAUCCUCCGGCCCACCACAUGAUCUGUCAUUAUAGGAGCAGCAUCCUGAGCCUCCCAAAACUCAGUAACAUCAACUGUCAGGAUUGUGUAGACCAGAUAAACAGAUGAAAUAAUGUGUUUGUCUAUUGGGCUAUGUUGGCAAACAACUUGUAACGGGAUGGGGACUGAUAUAUAAUAGCAGGACCCAAUGGACAUUUUAGAAGAUGAUUAAUGGAAAGGUGUCAGCUUUAUGGGAAGAUACAGAAGCACCUUUCAAGGUUGCAUGAGCUGGUAUUACAGUAUGUAGUGGGAGUAGUGAUCAUAGUUAUGGUACUGUCUCUCUCUCUCUACAGGGGGAAGGUUUUUUGGAAGGGCAGGGUCUUGAAGGCCCCGCUACAUGGCAUCAGGCAAUAAAAAGUGUUGUGUAUUUCAAGGUGGAAGAAUAAAGCUGGGAUUUGGUGACUUCUGUUUGCUAGGUGGGUGUUUCACUGUUCCCCAGAAGCUCCUUACCAACCUACAGGCCUAUUUUGAAGCACACCACAGCAUGAUGCUUCAAUUAACAUGUUUCGCUAUGGGAAUGGUGACCAAAAAGUAAAAUGUUGGUGUACUCUGACCAGACCAUCUUCUUCCACAUGUUUGCUGUGUUUCCCACUUGGCAAACUCCAAAUAUGAUUUCACUUUCAACAACCAGUGCGUUCUAGGCUACUUGUCUUUUUCAAUUAACCCCUUUUCCCCAUCAGUGACUUUUGGACACAAUUGUUACUCUUCAUCUUCUAAGAUCCAUAAUGCUUUUACUUUUCCAUAUACAGGGCCAUUUAAGGGCUUUUGUACAUCUUUUAUUUUACCAUAAAAUGUACUCCGGAACAGAAAAAAAUGUUUUUGGGCUGCAGUGUAAAAUAUCCCCUCAAUUCUGUAACUUUUAAGCAAUUUAGUUUUUAUGCUGUUGACUUUGUAGUAAGACUGACAUGUUAUCUUGCAGAUCAGUACAGUGUACAAUUACAUUGAUAAUAAAUGUAUAUAAUUUUUAUGGCUUAUUACUUUUUUUUUUAAAUUUAACUUAAAUAGGAAUGCUAUGAAUUGCCAUACCUGGACCCUUAUAACUUAACUUCAAAUGUAUCUUUUUUUUGCCCCAUGAUGUUGUUUUUAUCGGUACCCUUUUGGUGUCGAUGAUGUCUCAUCCUUUUUCUCUAUCGAUCGAUCGCUGGUCUCCUCCUCCUCCAUUCCUUUCACAGGUGUCUGUCUGUCUACAAAAACACUUUGACACUUUGUACAGAUGAUAAAGAUAAGUGUGAUGGAGGCCACACACCUCCAAACUUUUGCCAUUUAUACACAGUUAUAUUAAAUAGUCUGAUCAUGUUUCAACUUUAAAACCUUUUUAAGUUCAACCUUCAGAUAAGUGUUAAACUUAGCCGAAUUCUCAAGACUUUUUUGUUAAACAUUCCUCUAAUGGUGUGGUCAUUUUUAAAUCACUUUCAUUUUAGAUUCGGGACCUAAAUCCUUGCACGAGGCACUGGUCUUCG